CAGAACAAUGCGCGUCGUUUCAUUCUUAUUAAUAUUGCACUUAUUUUUUAUCAUUUCCCCCAAAAAAUAAUAAUUUUUUCCCUCCUAUUUUUUUAUUCCACCAUAUCUCUUUUCUCUGGUUUACAAAAGAAUCAACCACACUGCCACUACAAUGUCUCAGUACCCGACCCAACAGCCUCGAGGUGGCCACGAAAGCACCGAAAAGCCCAUCAUCGUCUCCUUUGAGGACAGCGAAGCCCGACGAAUGCAAGCGACCCUGCGCAAAAAGCUAGGUCCCGAGCACGUCAGCACGCGUCAGGGCAUGGGUAACUCACGGCUCUCGUACAUAGAGGGCUGGCGCAUAAUCAGCAUAGCCAACGAGAUAUUUGGAUUCAACGGCUGGCGCUCAAGCAUCCAGAACCUCGCGAUCGACUUUAUGGACAUGUCCGAGGGCGGCAGAUUUAACAUCGGCGCUAGCUGCGUUGUUAGAGUUACACUUAAGGAUGGUACAUACCGGGAGGACGUCGGAUUCGGCAUGAUUGAGAACACAAAGUCCAAGGGGCAGGGUCUGGAAAAGGUCAAGAAAGAGGCGACGACGGAUGCUUUGAAGCGGGCGAUGCGCCAGUUUGGAAACGUCUUGGGUAACUGCGUGUAUGAUAAGGAGUUUCUCAAAAAUCUUGGCCAGGUUCCGAAGCAAGCGAGAGAACUGAUCCAAGGAGACGCCCUUUUUAGGUAUGGCGACUUGGAAGACCAACAAAACGGAAGGCAACAGCGCGAGCUCCUGUGUGCCGCUGUUCAGCCAAACAGCCCACAAGAUAUCAUUGCUUAUCAGAAUGGGGCGCAGCAAAAUGGUGCGCAACACAAUGGGAUUCACAGUCAUCCGCAGCCACCACAACAUCCGCAGCUUCAGAGUGCCAAUAACAUCCAACGGCAGCCCAUGGCACAACCAGAUGCGCACCGCCGGAUUGUCGGGCAGCAUGUUAACGUAGGCGUAGAAGCGAAUUUCUUUGGCAAUGGGAGUUUAACAGCCGUCGACGAUAAUGCCGCAGACUUUGACAUGGAUGGCUUGGACGAUGAAGGUGUACUGGAUAUGAUAGAGGAUUUGGAAACCGACCGGCCGAUUAUUUUUGACAGCCCCGCUUGCUUUGGCCGUAGUGGAGCAUUCAACCCCCAGCAGCAGCAGACACCCGCGAACAGCGGUAACCUGGUCAACAAAGGUAGCUGGAAACCGUCAUCAGUCCCUGUGCAAACCAACUUUGGGAACAAUGGUCACUCUGCGCCGGGCCUUUUGAACAACACGGCUGCGCAAGUCCAGGGCGGUGCCCAUAAUGCCAGCGGCGUGGUUACCUCUGCAGCCCGGAAUCUGGGGUUCCAGCACCAAGAAUUCAACCAGCAAAACCAGCACCAGUUACGACAACAGCCUCAGCUGCCACUUUCAAGGCCAGCUCCGGCUGUGGUAGCUCCAAAUAACGCCGGUUCUGGUGCUGGGGAGAGGGUUCGCUCAUUUGCCGAUAUUAGCUCGUUCUUGCCAACAACACAGAACAGCACCCCUGGGUCGACGGCGGUGGUCCGCCUGCUGUCCGAGACCGACGGUGGCGACUCGGCCGAUCUCAGCAAACAGAGCCCGACCAAAAGGCUGUCGCGUUAGUAUACUUUUUUCAGCUCCGCAUAGGUAAUAUACAAAAGCAUACAGUAUAAACUAUAUUAAUUUAACC